GAGCUUCUUACUCUAGCUAAAGUCGUAUUCUAUAACGAGGUAGGCCUACGGCUAGGCGAUAAAACGUCCCUCGAGCGUUAUAUACGUAAUAUUACGGGAAUACCGGUUAAAGCGCUUCGUAGUCGUCUACUUUUAUCCUUUAGUAUUAUAGAACGCUUCUCCCGAACUACGACGAAGCUAGAAAAUAAAAUAUACUUAAUAAUAGGUAUCUAUAGAGUUUUAAUAGUUCCUAUAUAUAGCGAGGGACGAGAUACUAUAAGAACUAGGCUCCGAAGGACGAUCGAGAAUAACCUAAAAAGUAAAGUUUAUAGAUAUUAA